GUCCUGAAUGCGUCACCUGUACGUGUAAUGAAACACCUGUGACCGGUGGGCUUUUAAAAAACCACAGAAGAAGAAGAAGCAGCAGCUCGUGUUUCAGCUGGACGACUCUUAAAGGAACAAAAAACUAAACGGACGCUGGAAGUUGGACUAAAAGAUGAAAACAGGACGUGUUUGAGGAGAAACCGAGCCGGAACCGAACCACAGACUGAACAUGCUGCAGGUCGUUUGACUGACAGAUAUGGGAUCAGCGGGAUCAUUUUGGCAGACUUUUGCUGCGUUGCUGGUUUUUUCCCACUUUUUGCUCAUUAAAGCUCAAAGGUCAGAGGUCCGUGGAAAGGUUGGUAGCUCGGUGGAACUGGACUGCGAGUUUCUUCCAUCAGAACCAGACUCUGGAUCGUCGUCGUCCCCACAUGUGGUCGAGUGGAUCCGACAAGGACUCGAUGUUCCUGUUCUGAUGAAGUUUGGGUCUCAUGCGCCUCGGGUCCAUCCGAAUUAUGAAGGGCGGGUGUCUCUGGUGAGGAUCAGCACCUUGAGGCUGGAGCGCCUGCAGCUGGAGGACCAGGGCUCCUACGACUGCGUGAUCCUCCUGCUGAACGAAGCUGCAGAAGAGCAGAAACGCAACAACUGGACCCRGCUCUCUGUGAUGGCUCCUCCCACCUUCAUCAAAGCUCCGCCUCCUAUGAUGGAGGCCCUGGUUGGAAGUCCCAUCCUGCUGGAUUGUGUUGCUAAAGGCAACCCUACACCARCCAUCACCUGGCUGAAAGAGGGCGAGGCCGUUCAAGGUUUAAUUUAUCAGGGAGGAGCGUUCUCUCUGCCGGCGGCGACCGCUCAGUCGGCGGGACGGUACACCUGCCACGCCUCCAACUCUGAAGGAAACGUGACGCUGGUGACCGACGUCAAGGUCAAAGGCCCGCCUGUCAUCCUUGUUCCACCUAAAAACACCUGGCUCAACAUGUCCCAGGAUGCACUKCUGCAGUGCCAGGCAGUGUCCGACCCCCCCAACAUGACCUACGUCUGGCAGAAAGGUGGAGAAAACGUCCACCAUGUCGAGUCUCUGAAGUCUCGUGUAAAGAUCAUGGUGGAUGGAACUCUGCUGAUCACCAGACUCACCCCAGAGGAUUCUGGGAACUACACCUGUGUUCCCACUAAUGGGCUGCUGACUCCGCCGGCUGCCUCUGCCGUCCUCACGGUGAUGCACCCAGCCUUGGCUCUUCCGCUGCCCCAGGAAACCUUCCUCCCCACAGGUUUGGGUGGCGUCAUCCCCUGCCCGGCGCUGGCUCAGCCUCCCCUCCUACGUGUGGACUGGAUAAAAGAUGGAGGACCUCUUGAUUUGUCCUUGUAUCCAGGAUGGACCCUAAAGGCCGACGGCUCUUUGGUCAUGGCCACAGUCAACGAGGACGCAGCGGGUGUGUAUGUGUGCACGCCACACAACAGCUACGGCAGCAUGGGUCCAUCUGGAUCAACCACCGUCAUCCUGCAGGAACCCCCGUCAUUCAGCGCCGGUCCGGAGGAGGAGUACAGCCGGGAAACGGGUCGGACCCUGCUCAUCCCCUGUCAGGGGAACAUGGACUCCACCAACAAAGUCAGCUGGAGCAAGGUCGACCCGGCUCGUCCCAUUUCUUACUCCGUCCAACCAAACGGCUCUUUGCUGCUGCAGCCCCUCAUCAAGGACCACCAGGGGGAGUGGGAGUGCAGCGUCUCCAACCGCGUCGCCUCCAUAAAAACGCGCACCCGAGUUUUCGUCCUGGGAACCAGUCCCCAUGCGGCCACCUCUCUGUCCRUCUCUCCAGGAGUGAAGGAGGCCAACGUAUCCUGGGAGGCAGGCUUUGAUGGAGGAUCAGCGCAGACAUUUUCAGUUUGGGUGAAGAAGAUAUCGGUUGGUAAUAAAGACGGGAAGCAGGACUGGUUCUCGGUGCCCGUGCCCCCCUCCUCCGGCACCGGUCUGCAGGUGUCGGACCUGUCCCCCGCCACAGAAUACCAGUUCAGCAUCCUGGCUCAGAACAAAAUCGGAGCRGGACCCUUCAGUGAGAUCACCUCUGCACGAACUUUAGAUCCUCCAGAGAGGCGAAAUAAACUAAAGCCCCCCGUGUGGCUGUCUGCUAAUCAGGGCUCAGCAGGUGUUGCUCUGCGAUGGGCUCUUCCUGAAGCUCAGCAGCCCCCCAUCACAGGCUUUGUUCUCCAAUCCCGCACCGGAGAAGGGGAGUGGCUUAUUCUGGAUGAAGACAUCAACGCCAACAGCAGCCAAAUGGUGCUUCAGGGUCUGGAGAAGGACUCGGUGUACGAGUUGCGGAUGCUCUCUCGUCGCGGGGAGUUGCUGAGUGAACCCAGUCCAUCAGUCAAUGUCUCCACCACGGGGACAGAGAGCCACCCCGCCACCCCRUCUCGUCUCCUGGAGUUCGUCCCGGAGCCGUUACUGGCGGGCGUUCUGGGCGGUGUCGGCUUCAUGUGCCUGGCGCUGGUCCUGCUGCUCGCCUUGGCCUACGUCAUCAGCCGCAAGAGGGARCGACGCCGCAGAGGGAAAAAGGAAGAUCCCCCUCCUGCCAUCUAUAAAUGCUCCCCAACCAUAAAGACUUCAGGCUCCAGUACUCCAGACAGUUUGUUGAAGAAAAGCCUCCUUCCCACCAGCUCAGUCUAUCCCACCACUUCUUCCACCACCUCCUCCUUGCAGACAGACUGUUCCUCCUCCAACACAGAGAAUCAUCAUCAUCAUCAUCGCCAUAAGCAGCUCAUGUCAAACUGCAGCAGACUUACUAAAACAACCUCUCUGAUUUCUCCCUCAAUUGAGAUGAUCGCUAGAGGUCCAGAUGGGCGGUUCAUGCUCCCACCGUAUGCCGAUGACACCUUAAGUGUUGGCAGCAGAAAAAAUGUAAAGUAUGACCAACAUUCGAGAGUCAGAAGGUCUGUUUCACUGCACUUGGAAAGGGAGGACAAGAACGAGCUACCGUAUGUUCUAUCUGUUGAUUUCCCACCUCAUAAACCCAAAGACGACUCUACGAGUCAGAUGUGUGACACGGAGCAUCACGACCCAUAUGUUCCAGACCAGAAGACGACGUAUGAUCCCGAUCUCUGCAGCUUGUACACAAACAGUAGUCUGACCACCGUCAAUCAGCACAACAGAGAAAUAACUCCUGUAUUUCCGGUGCUCCCGCACAUCCGAUCUGGCUUCGGUCAACCGUACAUGACAGCGAGCGCUCUGGUGCUCCAAAUGGAACAUGAGCGGGAGACGGGGAACUUGAGUCGCUGCCUGAAGCUGGCUCAGGAGAGAGAACAACUGGAGAGAGAGCUCCAGAGAUGCUUGCUGGACAGAAACUCGUUCAGAAAAAAAAAGGGGGAAGACGUUGAGCAGUUUGUUUGGAAGUGCAAGAGCAAUACUCUGCCCAGCAAGUAUCGCCAAGGCAGCAAAGAGAACUCUUUCUCGUCAUCUCCUGUCCAGUGGGAAGCCCGUCCUCACGAUUCUCACCCAACUUUGAUUCCACCCAGAAACCGUCUCAGUUCGCCUUCAACUCCCUUUUACUUUGACAGUUACCCUUCUUCACUCUUUACCGACCAGACUUUUCUCGAACCAGAUGAAGCAGAUCAUUAUCCCAGAACUCUCCCACGACCUGCCUCAAAGCACCUGACAUAUGGAAGACUAGACGCACCACUAAACGGCUUCGAAAGUUCAACCCAAUCCAAAAUAUCAGACAUUCAAACAAACCAUUYGUCGAACUGCCUCAGCCACAGCAACUCAUCGAGCUUAACUUUUCACAGCAAUCAAUACACCGAAAGAUCUAAAAUAGAUUUCGAUGACACAGAUUCUCCAAGAGUGGAGGUAAUGUUCCCCAAAUUUGAUGAGAAAGAAGUAAGCGUUGAGAUGAGCGUAGAUGAGCCAGAGUUUGAGGCGUCUACAACGUGGCCUACGCAACCUUUGUUACACCACAGGAUUGCUUCUCAUUUGCAUCAUGGGCGACCACUGACUCAAAGACGCCGGCAUGAAGACAUAAAAGGGAGCCCUGCUUCUGUGGAAAACAUUGAUUGGGUUCACCAAUCUCGGCGACCCUCAGAACCGGAACUUUGGAGAGCUCGAAGUCGAAGCUCGAAAAUCUGGGACCACAAACGACGAAGUCAGAGCCUGAAUUUGAGGCAGCAGAAGAAGGAAGGUGCUUUUCUCACACCAGAUGCAUGGAUAGACUCUCUCAGCCAAGAGAACUGCUCUGUUCCAUCAUCCUAUCAACCAGACGCUUCAAGUCCUCAUCCAGCAGUCCAAACUACAUCUUCCAGUCCUGCUGUUGAUCAUUUACCUACAAGAAGCGGUCCACAGUGGCUGGUUCCAGACCCUGCUGCGCUCCACCAUCAUAAGCUGUUAAACAGUGCCUCCCUCUCAUCUGGUUCUGCUAAUCAGCCAGUCGUCUAUCAAGAUGUCUCCACGUUCUUACCACCCAUCAACAACAACAUGGAAGUGGAGGCCGAAGGCUACGAGGGAGUCCCAGAGUCUGGGGGCAGCUACAGCAGCUACGCCAGCAGCGGGCGAGGCAGCAUGGAGACGAAUAACGGCUCACCUGAAACCGUUGAGGACAAAGAUGGUCACCACGUCAGAGCAAGGAGAAAUCCCUCUGUGGAUGAGAACUAUGAGUGGGAUGCUGCUGAUUUCAACUCACAGCCUGGAGACCAUGAUGGCCUUCUUCCUUCAUCAAAUCUCCAGAAGCCCGCUGAACGCCGUAGCCUUCCCAGCAUGCCGUGCGCCGACAAAGCUCAGAGAAAUUCUUCACUCCCGGGGCAUCAAAGCAGCCGCUCUGCUGAGCCAGAACCAGAAGCCGUGCUGUUCUGACAGCGCCGGUGUUUCGGCUCAUCACACCUGCAAUUUGUUUCGCAUUAAAGAAAGCAUACGUAGAACAAUUAGAGCUCGCUGCCGUCGACAAGCUCCACUAUUAUCUCCAGCCAGGUGUAAAAUCAGCCUGAUUAUGAGGCAAAAUUGCAAUGGAAAUCCUGGCUGGAUGUGGAGAAUUCAAAGUUGGAGACCUAAAUGUUUUUUUUUCUAAUUCGUCUAUCUGCACAUCCAGCUCCGAGUCUGAGAGGCGAGAAUUCACAACAUGCCGGUGAAGUUAAUUACCUCACAGCAGAACGGGGAAUAAUAGCAUCAGGGGAGAGGAGGACUUUUCUUCUUGUGUUGGUUUUAUUGUACAGCAGAAUCUCUCUUAACCCUUAUUUCACUUUAAUUAGGUCUUUGCCCAGGAGACGGCCUUUUUUCUGCUUUAACAUCUGUGUUGUAGUUAUCCCAGAGGCAAUAACCUCACAGAGGCUUUCUUAGUCUCUGUUCACACAGAAUUGAUGACCUUAUUAUUUAUUAUAAUGGCUGUUUUUUUUUUUUUUCGUCUUUCAGAAUCCAGAAAAAACUUAAUUUUUCACAAACUGGUGUCCAGAUUGAUUCAUGACAACUUCCUGUUUGCUUAAUUACCUGAGAAAGUAAAGUUGUAGAUAAGAGUUUUAGCUGAAAUGAAGACUUAUUUUUUACUCUAGUUUGAAGAAAAAUCUAUUUAACUCACUUAAAAACAAACUUUAUGCCGUGUACUUUUGUAAAUAAAUGUGAUUUUUCUUAUUUAGUCAAAGUUAAAGUUGCAGCUGUAAUUCUGUUUAUAAUAACUCAUUUCAGCUCAGUUAAAUGAAAAAAAAUGUUUUUUUUAGAACAAUCAGUUUAUUUGAACAGCUACUUUUUAUAUUCACAUUGCUUAAAAACACCUCAGAUGUUCAGAUUUUAAUGAUUGUUUAUGUAUUUUUCAUUUAAAUUCAUGUUUAUUUAAUGAGAAAAACAGUUUUGUAAAAAUUUGUUGAUUUGUU